UUUUUUCAUAAUAAUCAUGUAAACUGACACAAGAUUAUCAUGUAGAGACGUCAAGUAUGUUAAAAUGUCUGUAGUUGUUAUUUCGCCGAAUCCGGAAGAAGCCAUUGACUAAACUCUACUUAGCAAACAAAAUUCCCUCGUCAAUUCACAAUCUCAUCAACAACUGGUAGAAGACGAGGCAAAUAUGUUUCACCAGUUAAUUCUCUUUGGAUUGCUAGGACUAGUGUCAGCAAGUGGAUGGUUCAACGAAUACUUUUGGUGGUUAGGUGAGCGACAGGUGUGCUAUGACGACUAUGGGUGUUUUUCCACAGAUCAUCCGUUCUCAAACACAGAAGGACAUUUACCCGAGUCCCCGGAAUAUUUAGAUGUUAAGAUACUGCUUUACACCAGACAAAACAGACGUCAAGCCAUCGAUGUUACCACUAAUGUCGGGGAAACUUUCAAUCCACAUAAAGAUACUAAGAUAAUCAUACAUGGGUAUUUCAAUACAAUUGAAGAAAGAUGGCUACCGGAAAUGAAAGAUGCAUUCCUGGAAAAGGGCGACUUCAAUGUUUUUAUACUAAACUGGGAACGUGCAGCAGGCAGUUUAGUUUAUCUUCAAUCAGUAGCGAACUCAAGAUUAGUUGCUGCAAUAACUGCUAAGUUUAUCAAAGACUUGCAGAACAUUCACAAUAUUGAUGCAUCUACUAUACAUAUUAUUGGGUUUAGUCUAGGAGCCCACCUAGCUGGUUAUAUAGGAAAUGCUGUUGACGGACUUGGCAGAAUCACAGGAUUAGAUCCUGCCGGUCCACAGUUUGAAGGACUAAAUAUAGCAGUUAGACUUGAUCCCUCAGAUGCUUUACUUGUAGACGUCAUUCAUACUGACGCUGACAAAUUGUUCAAUGCUGAGAUGUCACCUGGAUUUGGUACUAAACAGGCUAUGGGACACGUAGACUUUUAUGUGAACGGAGGAUCUGACCAACCAGGAUGUGCUAACAAUAUGAACCAACAUCUUUUGCAAAUACUUAAAGGAAAUUUUAAUUACAGACAAAACUUUGGCUGCAGUCACAUGCGAUCUUUGUACAUAUUUACAGAGUCUAUAAAUAGUAACUGUACGUUCCGGUCUUACCCAUGUGCAUUAGAGAAUUUACAACCUGAGAAAUGUUCAACGUGUGGAGAAUCUGGUUGUAAUAAUAUGGGAUAUAAUGCAAUACACACCGGAAACGGAACUUACCUCACGAUGACAAGGGCUGCCCGUCCAUUUUGCAUUUCUUAAAAAGUUUAAAUCAAUGAAACUUCUCAACGUGAACACACAAGAAUUUAGAAGCUGUAUAUUGUCCAAUCAGGAGAACAAUUUGAAGGAAUUCAUGUUGUAAUAGAUUAAAAUGUGUGUUGUUUUUUUAUAGAUACAUGUUGUACAAUUUAUAAGGGACGAGGUGAGAGGAAUAUAUCAAAGUAAAAACGACAACAAGCGUCAUACCUUGAACGCCAGAAACACUGAUUUAAGAUUAACAUUUAAAAAAAAUAUUAUCAGAUAUAUAUUAUGUUCCACUCUUUGAUUGGAAAAAACAGAUCAUACUUUCGCAUAAAAUCGACAUAAAAAUGA